AUGAGCCAGGCAAAGGAGAAACAAGAUGCCAACACAGGCCGUGGUAAGAAGCGGAAAGCCGGGUCAGGGCCAGAUGGAGAAGGCCAGGAGCAGCAGUCUGAGGCUGCUCCCAAGAAGCGUGCAAAGUGCGCGCGGCAUUGCAAGGGAUGCAAGCAAAAGAUUGCUGCUGAGGACUGCGCUCCUAACUUCCCAGGGUGUUGGAAGUGCAAGCGGGCCCUCGACAACAUCUACAAGUUGGCGACCAAGCAGGGCAAAGAAGCUGUCGAGUUUGUGAAAAAACAAAGAGAGGAUCCAGACCUUUGCUUCAACAUGGUCCAGAGCUAUUUGGAGUUGUGCCCGGAAUGCUGCGAUAUGGGGGGCGCCAAGAACAAGAAGCGAGGCACUUGGUCUUUGGCCAAAUACCGCGAGCGUACUGUUGCUGCAAGUGGCUUUGUGAAGGACGCAGUGGGUGAGAUGAUGCACAAGAGGCUGUACACAGAGUUUGCCAUGACAGUCAGGGGGGGGAGGAAGACUGAGGAGCAAAUUGCUGCUACAUGGUCUGAGUGGGAACAAAGGGCUCUUGCAAAAGACCCAGAGCUGUUCUUUGACUAUGGUGGAGAGAAUGGAGCGCUUCGAAUUUGGGUCAAGACAGCUGACCAGCUCUCCUUCCGCUCUAGCUUCAUGCAGGAAAAAGAAGCUGUCGUGGAGGUCGAGCAGAAAAAGAAUGCGACUCAAGCUGAUGUGGAUCGCAUGAAGGCAAAAUCUAUGAGCAACCAUGACCCAAUCGCUGACCAAAUCCAGAUUUGCCAGGCUCUUGUGCGACACGGUGACGCAGCCUUUCAGGGCAACGAUGGGUUCCUGGUGGAUGUCAUGGACCUGGCAAAGACGUGUGAGGCCAAAGCUGCUUCUGAAGAAGCAGAGGGGCCAGCCAAGAAGGGUGAUGGGGAAGAGGCGAAUGGCUCGUCACCAGAGAAGCCAGCAAAGCCUUGGGUUGACCGGGACCGUGUUAUUUCUGCCACAGUCAGAUCAUCCACCACGCAAAUCAACCUUUUCAAGACCAAACUUGAGAAGGGUCUGAAGGACCACAAGGCAAGCUUGGAGGAGCACAAGUCCAACCCAGAUGCGGUCUUCCAGAAGAACUUUGCUGGUGAAAUCAAGAUCCUAGCCAACCGUGUGGAAGCCCUUACCAUCAUUUUGGAAGUGACAGCCGAGAUUGUGGCAAUCCGAGCUCCUAUGACCCAGCUUCUGGCAGCUACAUCCAGGGCUGACAAGGCGGUCAAGAGUGCUGUGGAGCAGUUGAAAAAGCAAACCGCAAAGCAGCAAGCUGACGCGAGCAAGCCAAAGAAACCAGCAGGCCAAGCAGCUGCCCAAGUGCCCGUGUUUGACCAAGGAGUGGCUGGCGCCACUGCUGUUCAACGUGUGGCUGCAGACUGCAGCUUUGACAUGUCCAAGCCCUUCAGCUUGGAUUGCUCUUCUUGGGUGAGUGAGCUUAUGAAGGAUGGUGCGAAGUGCAGGCAAUGUGUGGACUCCUUUAGGGAUUCCUUCAACGAUGCCCGCAAGAAAUCCAAGGGGGCCAGAGUCUCGAAAGCUGUUGAGGACAGUGAAGUGCUAGCGGCUCUACAGAGUAAAGUUGAUGACCUCUUCCUGAAGUCUGGGCGUGUGGUUGCCCGGGACUCAAUGACUAAGCAGUUGCAGGAUGCCUUGCAGGUGAGCCUCUUUGGCAUUGAUGCUAGCUAUGACAAAGUGAGUGGUGAAUUCCUUGGCUGCGCAGUGGCGCGCUUGUCUGUAGAAGGCACGCGGACUGUGGUCAUGACUGAAGUGUUGCAGUUGCAAGGGUUCAUGCAAAGGAAGGGCAUUGCUGGGUUGAUAACCCUAGCAAAGAUGUCAGCUUUCUUCCGCGCCAUGAAUGUGGCGAUGAUCCAGGACUAUCAGAAAGAGUGUGUGUUGUGGUCUUGCACUAUGGGCCCUGGCGAUUUCUUGUAUGUCCCCUAUGGAUUUGUCCAGGCCGAGUUGGUCCAGCAACCGACAGUUGGCGUCCGCGUGCCUUUGGUCUGCAAGCAUUCAGCGCAUGAGAACUCAAGUUUGUGCCUCUCAAAAAGGAAAGCAGAUUGUGAGCGCCAACUUGCUGAGAAGGGAGACAGUGGUGGUGCCAGUGCAGCGGCUGGGGUGGACGCCGCAAAGCUCAAACAAGAGAUAGCUCUUUUGUCCGACUUGUCUACAGCCAUAGCUAGCUGA